AUGCCAGAGGAUUCACCAAGCGUGAAAGUCAGCGCUGUUCGGGACACAUACGGUGCCGAGGUGAAGUUCUGUCGGCCCACACAAGAGGCACGUGAGGCCAUGUCGGCUGAAAUCGUAGCCGAGCUUCGCGCGAAAAACGGGGCUGAAAAGGCUGAGGAGAUCCACCCCAAUCAGGACAUUCGGGUGGUGAACGGCCAGGGUUCUGUUGGCCUGGAGAUUUUGGGGCAGCAGCCUGACCUGGAUGCGAUUGUGGUGUCCAUUGGUGGGGGCGGCCUCAUCUCUGGCAUUGCUACAUACGUCAAACAUAUCAACAAAAACAUCAAGCUGAUUGGGGCGGAGCCUGAACGUGCAAGAAGCGCCUUCAUGUCGAAACAAGCUGGCAAGCUAGUGAAAAAUCCUCCGAAUACUGUCAUUGAAACCAUUGCGGACUCCGUCAAGAGCAGCCUUGGGCCCACGACGUACCCGGUGGUGCAGGAUUUGGUGGACGCCGUCUUUACCGUCACAGAGCAGGAGAUCGAAGAUGCCACAAAGUUCACAUUGGAAAGAGCAAAGCAGGUGAUCGAGCCGGGCUGCGGGGUUGCUGUGGCAGUGGCCACCUCCAAGCAGCUCUACGAGAGGUUUCCUGAUCUGCAGAAGAUUGGCGUGGUAUUGUGCGGUGGCAACAUUGACCUGGACAAUCUACCUUGGUCUGAGCUGUUUAAGCGGAUGGAAGACCACGUCGGCACAAAGGUGGCCGUGGAACUCUGCGAGAUUCUCAAUGAGCCUGCUAUGACCUUCCUGCGCGUCAACACAGCGCGAAUUUCCAGGGACAAGGUCUUCACUUUCUUGAGCAGUCGAUCCGUGCCCGUGGAGAAGACGCAAAACUCCCAGAUGGGCCUUCUCCUGACUUCGAAGCAAAACCUGCUCGAGGUCCCGGAGUACAAGCUCGGGUAUUUCGAGAUUCAAGACGAAUCUUCCCAAAUCAUUUCCGCUCAGGUGGAUGCGAAGCCUGGUGAUAUGGUCUUAGACUACUGUGCUGGCAGUGGUGGCAAGGCUCUGUGCAUCGCCCCCCCAAUGCUCAAUCGAGGGCAGGUGUACUUGCAUGACGUUCGUGACACGAAGCUGUUCGAGUCAAAGCGUCGAUUUCGCAAGGCCAACAUCCAGAACUACACUUUGCUGCCGCCAUCUCACCCGCAGUUACACAAGCUGCGAGGCAAGAUGGACUGGGUCUUGGUGGAUGCCCCAUGCUCACAGACCGGGGCUCUCCGAAGAAAUCCGGACAUGAAGUGGACCUACUCGGAUGAUCGGCUUUGGAAAUGGGUUGCACUACAACGUGAGAUCUUUGAGGCUGCCCUCAAGUACGUCAAGGACAAAUGGACAGCGGGAAGAUUGUGUACGCCACCUGCAGCCUGCUGGAAGAGGAGAACGGGCAACAAGUCCGGUUCUUCUGUGAGAAGUUUGGACUUUACCUGA